AUGGCAGAGCUCGGUGCUCUAGCCAGUGCCGUUCAGCUGGCCGACGUAGCCUUGCGCACGAGCAGCGAGAUUCGCAAAUUCUUGGAUGCGUAUGGGCAUUCAGACCGAGAUUCCAAAUCUUUGAGAGAUGAAGCAUUAUCUGAGGUGGAGGUCAAUGUGCGAAACCUAAGAAAACACAUCCUCGGCUUUUGCAAAUCCAAAAACGCCACUGAAGGUGAUGGGGAUCUUUUCGACACGAUCUUCAAGGCUUUGAAAGGCUACGAUGCUGAUAUUCUCCAAACAAAACGACUGUUGCCCCACAAGCCGGCUGAGAAGGCAUAUGUAAAGAUUCACUGGGUGUUGAAGAAGCGUGAAGCACAGGAGGUCAUGCAGCGUAUAUUCCGACGAAAUUCAAAUCUUAUCGCUGCUUUAGAGAUAGUCGGAAGACAGCAAAGCUUACGCAUUCGCGAGGAUACUCAAAACAUUCUCGCAAAACAAACAGCCUCGGACGUCGCCACCUCAAAACAUCUUACCGAGAUCCAAUCAAACAUACGGAAACAAGAGGAAAACCAUGCUGAACUCAUUGCCCACUCCAAGACGAUCAUCCGUGAAAAUCGUGUCCAACAAGCCUCCUCAAACCAGCAUCAUAAAAUGUUGACUCUCUUGACAUCAAAACAAGCUAGUCGUACCAAUCGUAGGCUACGGCACAUAGAAGAAACUACUUCACAGAUAGCUUCAAGCACAAGGUAAAGCAACACUGGAUUCCAACAAACAGCAAACAAGAUGCAACAAGCCAUUGAUAACAUGGCUUCCAAACUGGAGAGCAUCGACACAAAAACUGAAUUUGUAGCUUCAAACAUCGAAGCGGUUCCGAGAAUAGUCCACCAAGAAAUCAGAACCACACUCAAGCUUCUUGUUAAUCAAGCGCUAGAGCGAGUAGAGAUACGCAAUGAGCAAGAGAUGUGGAGCCUCGGAAACUUCAACAAUACGAUCACGCGCGACAUUGGUUCUGGUAUCCAAAUCCAAAAAAAAUAGGCGAACGAGCAACUUGGACCUUGGCCAUUCUGAA